UUUCUCGCAGUGCUGACAUAAUUUCUUUGCCAUCGAGUGCAGUCGUGUUUACCUAGCGUGUUACGCUUAAAAUUGGCCAUUUGGACUCAAAUUUCGGUCGGAGCGUUACGGGAAAAAGCGACAAGAUUGCACACCUACUGGAAAACCCCCUGCAUCAAGGCAACGGUGGAACGGCGGACCGUCUGGGCGUGGACUUCGAGUUCUACAUGGCCUCGAAGGUGCACCCAAGUCCGGGGGCGGCGCGCAGUGUGUGGGCGUUGCCCCUAACCGCCUCCUCCUCCUGCAACAUGGUCGUCGCGGAGGAGGAUGGCCAUGCCCACGCCGACGACAUCCAUUUGGAUCACCGACCGCAUUCGCCUCCUUUGGCGGGUCGCGGAACGGACGGUGGUCAUGGCGAAGGAGGCGUGGAGGACCACGAGAACGUGCUCCUCUUCGAGGGAUUGGAUGGGGCAACGACCGUGAACCUAGACGACAUCUUUGACAUCAUUAAAAAUGGGGAGGUCAGCGAGGUGGAGAACCUGGUGGAUAAGUUUGGCAUGGAGUGCCUAUCGGCCAGGGAUCGCCAUGGCUACACGCCUGCCCACUGGAUAGCUCUGAACGGGAAUGUCCAGCUAAUGAGGUAUCUCAUCGAGCGGACGGCGCCCAUUGAUCUUCCUUGUUUGGGAACGCAGGGCCCAAGGCCCAUCCACUGGGCGUGCAGAAAGGGGCACGCCUCCGUGGUGCAGGUGCUACUCCAGGCGGGAGUUGCGGUCAAUGCGGCGGACUUCAAGGGGCUGACCCCGCUCCAUCUAGCCUGCAUGUACGGUCGGACAGCCACGGCCGCCUAUCUCCUGGGAAUGGGAGCGCUAAACAACCUGACGGAUAUAAACGGCGAUACUGCUCUGCAUUGGGCAGCCUACAAGGGGCAUGCAGAUCUAAUGCGACUUCUCAUGUACUCCGGAGUGGAACUGCAGAAGACGGACAACUUUGGAUCCACGCCACUGCACCUGGCAUGCCUCUCGGGCAACAUGACUUGUGUUCGCCUGCUGUGUGAGAAAUCCCAGCUGGAUCUGGAACCGAGGGACAAGAAUGGAAAGACACCCAUUAUGUUGGCCCAAGCUCAUCAGCAUCAGGAUGUGGUGCGUCUGCUGUACGGCGAGGUAAAGAAGAAGUCUCGCUGGAUUCCCUCGGUUUCGGAAAGCUGGGGAUGGCUAUUCGGCGGAGCCGGGGACUCCAAGGGUCCGCUGUUCCUGUUCCUUUUCUCCGUGCUGCUGUGGGGCUACCCCAUGUACAUGAUCCGUGCGAUUCCCAUCACCUGGAACAUACUGAGGCGCUCGCACUACUGCUUCAUCUAUUGGAACGCCGUGAUGUGGAUUAGCUGGGCGAUUGCCAAUCGGCGGGAUCCGGGCUACAUACCGCUCAGUUCGGAUGCGUACUACCGGGCAAUUAAGCAGAUCCCAUACUUCGACAAGCUGAAGAAGCGGAAUGUGAUGCUAACCAGGCUCUGCCACAGCUGUAGGUGCCUCCGCCCGCUGAGAGCCAAACACUGUCGAGUGUGCAACCGGUGCGUCUCAUACUUCGAUCAUCACUGCCCCUUCAUCUACAACUGUGUAGGACUGCGGAACAGGAUGUGGUUCUUCCUGUUUGUUCUCUCGGUGGCAGUCAACUGCUCCUUCACCAUCUAUUUCGCCUGCUACUGCGUGAUGAUCGAGGGCUUUACGAUGCUCUAUGUCUUGGGACUCAUCGAGGCGGUUGUGUUUUGCGGACUGGGCUGGAUACUCACCUGUACUUCGAUCCUCCACGCCUGCAUGAACCUCACCACGAACGAAAUGUUCAACUACAAGCGAUAUCCUUAUCUGCGUGACAAGCGAGGUCGCUACCAGAAUCCCUUCUCGCGAGGUCCCAUCCUGAAUUUGCUCGAGUUCUUCGUUUGCCUGCCGGAUCGGAGUGAUGACAACGAUCUUCUGCUGGAGGAUAACAUUUGAUUAAGGAUCUAGGAUCGAGCCCCUGCUCGCCGGCGCAAGCUGCCCGUGCGUGGAUAAUGAUGUGAGGAGGCAGCCAGGGACCCACUCGGGUAGGCUGCCACUUUGGUUUUGCUCCGCAGGCUUUGUGCUUAUUCGAACGCUUUAAAGUUCGGACCGAAAGUCAGCAAGUGCGUGUUUUAUCAUCUACAAAUGCAAUAUAGUCAUUACGGAUGGAAAAGACGGCGAAGUCAUAUGCUUAUAACCCUGUUUAAAGGGAAUAAUAACUCAAUUUACAGCUAAUUAGUUUGCCGUAUCUAAUUGCACAAUGAAAUCAUAAAUCAUUCAACAUUUAAAAGCUGAACUUUCAUUACUUCAUGAGAAGGGCAUGUAAUUCCUUCCGCAAUGACAUUUAAGCAUCGGCCAGCCGAUCUUUGUGCUUUUCCAACUCGUUACCUUCUAGCCUUGGAUAAGAAUACGCUUCUCUCGUUAGUUUUUGUACAAAAAUGUUAUUUAUAAAACGUGUUAUUUAAUGAUCUCUAUAUUAUAUACCUACUAUAAUAAUAAAUGGUGUAAAAG